GGACUGGAGGGACGCACUGAGCAUGUGCAGAUCUGCUCGGUGGUGGCUGCCGCGGCCGGAGGCGAGGGCCCGCUGCUGAUGCGAACCGCCAGCUCGGCCUCAGCCAGCGCGUGGUCGGCCCCCCAGGCCGGGGCGACAGGGAAGGAGCCGUAGCCUCCGCGUGGCCCGAGGAGCCGGCGCGGCGGCGCGCACUCCCCGGCGGCCGCGGCGCCCUCGGGGCCCACGAUGAUGGCGGAGCAGGUGAAAUGCGCCUCGGCGGGGGUCAGCUCUGGAGCGGGCUCCGGGCCGGUGGUGAACGCGGAGCUGGAGGUGAAGAAGCUGCAGGAGCUGGUGCGCAAGCUGGAGAAGCAGAACGAGCAGCUGCGGAGUCGAGCGGCCAGCGCGGCCGCCGCCCCGCACCUGCUGCUGCUGCCGCCGCCGCCGCCCGCCGCGCCGCCCCCCGCUGGGGCCUGCAGCCCGUUGGGUCCUCGGAGCCCCCCGGCCGCCACGGCCACCGCCGCGGCCUCAGGGGGCCGGGGGCUCGGGCUGGCGCUGGGCGCGGGGGGCGGUGGAGGCAGCGGUAGUGGCAGCGGCGGUGGCUCCAGCCCCGCGUUCCCGGGCACCUUCUGCCUGCCUAGCCCCGCGCCCUCCCUGCUUUGCAGCCUGGCGCAGCCACCGGAGGCGCCCUUCGUCUACUUCAAGCCGGCAGCAGGCUUCUUCGGUGCGGGCGGUGGCGGGCCGGAGCCGGGGGGCGCGGGGACGCCGCCGGGGGCAGCUGCAGCGCCGCCCUCGCCGCCCCCCACGCUGCUGGACGAGGUGGAACUGCUGGAUCUGGAGAGCGUAGCCGCCUGGCGGGACGAGGACGACUACACCUGGUUAUACAUUGGCUCUUCAAAGACGUUCACCUCGUCAGAGAAAUCCCUGACUCCUUUGCAGUGGUGUAGACAUGUCCUAGAUAACCCAACUCCUGAGAUGGAAGCAGCGAGACGUUCCCUGUGCUUUAGACUGGAGCAAGGUUACACUUCCAGGGGCUCCCCUCUCAGUCCCCAGUCAUCUAUCGACAGUGAGCUGAGUACUUCAGAAUUGGAGGAUGAUUCUAUCUCCAUGGGAUAUAAAUUACAGGACCUCACUGAUGUUCAGAUCAUGGCUCGUCUGCAAGAAGAAAGUCUCAGGCAAGAUUAUGCUUCUACUUCAGCAUCUGUAUCAAGACAUAGUUCCAGUGUGUCAUUGAGUUCAGGAAAAAAAGGGACAUGUAGUGAUCAAGAAUAUGACCGAUACAGUCUGGAGGAUGAAGAGGAAUUUGAUCAUUUGCCACCACCUCAGCCUCGUCUUCCAAGAUGUUCCCCUUUCCAAAGAGGAAUUCCCCAUUCACAGACUUUCUCCAGCAUUAGGGAGUGUAGGAGGAGUCCCAGUUCCCAGUAUUUUCCUUCAAAUAAUUACCAGCAGCAACAGUAUUAUUCACCUCAAGCCCAAACUCCAGAUCAGCAACCAAAUAGGACCAAUGGAGAUAAGCUCCGAAGAAGUAUGCCUAACCUAGCCCGGAUGCCAAGUACAACUGCCAUUAGUAGCAACGUUAGUUCUCCAGUCACCGUGCGAAAUAGUCAGAGUUUUGACUCAAGCUUGCAUGGAGCUGGAAAUGGAAUUUCAAGAAUACAGUCUUGUAUUCCAUCACCGGGACAGCUUCAACACAGAGUCCACAGUGUGGGGCAUUUCCCAGUGUCUAUCCGACAACCUCUUAAAGCCACAGCCUAUGUGAGUCCAACCGUUCAAGGCAGCAGUAACAUGCCUUUAUCGAACGGCUUACAGCUGUAUUCCAACACAGGAAUCCCCACACCGAACAAAGCCGCAGCUUCUGGGAUAAUGGGUCGCAGUGCACUCCCAAGACCUUCGUUGGCAAUAAAUGGGAGUAACCUGCCUCGAAGCAAAAUUGCACAACCUGUUAGAAGUUUUCUUCAGCCUCCAAAGCCUCUGUCUUCACUCAGCACUCUGAGGGAUGGAAAUUGGAGAGAUGGUUGCUACUGAUGCAGUUUUAUGUACCCUUGAAAAAUGGGAAAGAAGUAAAAAUGAGGGUUGUGUUACCUAGCUGGCUGGGUAGCAGUGGAUGUUGGGAUAUUCUUUCCCUUUUGUGUUUUAAUAUAUUUACUGCAUUGUUUCUCAAUGGACCAGUCACUAGAGACUAAUUAUUGCACUUAAAUAUUUGCCUGAGAUACUGCAACAUUCUCAAACCCAUGGUUGCAGUAUUGUGACACUUAGAUCUAGGAAGUUUUUGUAGAACUGCUCUGUACCUGAAUACUUUUUGAGAGAAUUAAGAUGUAUCAAUAAUGCUUUGCCAUAUGAGUUUUUUAAAGUAACUUGUUCAAUUUACUUACGUGUUCUAAACAUCUUUCCAUUACAUGUUCUGUAUUUUAAUACAUUGCAUAUUGACAACUAGGUUCUAUAACGUAUGCUUUGAAAUUUACUUUUUUAUAGUUUACAGGAAUUUUAUUUUUUGUGCCUAUUUCUUUUUACACCUAUGUGAACCACUAUGGAACAACUUAAAUUUUGUGCCAUAAAAAUAUUUUUGUGGUAAGGUACUAUUUUUUUAGCUCUAGGGAUAUAUCAGCAAAAACACAUCAUGCAAUUUGAGAGACAUAAUUUUGUGUUGAAUGAGCACAAUAUAAUUUGAAGCAUUGCAAGGAGAUAGCCAGACAGCAGAAUUAAAUGGUCCUGUCUUUUUCAUUUUUAAUUUGUUGUCAUACAUGGGUUUCAUAUUUAUAACGGCAUCAUGAGCUCAUUGCACUUAAUACCUGCAAUGUUUGCUACUGUACCACAAUUGAUUUUCAAUACUUUAUUACAAAGGAUGAAACUGUAAUGUUUUAUUAACAAUGCUUCUGGAAAUGAAUGCAUUUUAAAGCAAAUAAAUCUUUUUGAUAGACCUUUUACAAAAUCCAUUUGCACUAAUGAAUGCUUUCUUAUGGCAUAUAACUUAAUAUUUGUUACUGUGUACACUGCUGUUUUGGAAUGUUCAGAAAUAAAGACUCUAUUUCAGCAAUA